AUGAAUCGUAGAACAACCCGUUUAUUAGCACGUACGGUGCACUCCAUAUUAAAGCAGAGCCGGUUUUACAGUGAAUUGCCUAAAAAUCCUCGAGUGAAAGUAAGAUUUUUCAAUUGUUUUAUCUUUAUUUUUAGGAGAAUCUUCUCUCGCCAACCGAUGUCUUGUUUGUCCUAAGACAGCACGGAGAUUUAGCGCAUCAUUUGAGGUACCUGCAGGGCCGACUUCAAGGCCAGAGGUUUAGAUUUUUCAACAAAACUGAGAAGGAGACCAAGAAAGCUGAUGGUAAGGAGAAUAUCGGGAAUUUCUUGAGGAUGUCGGCGAAUAUUGAUGGGUUUUUUGCUUACGAUAGUUGAGAAAUCGCAUCUCCUCUCUGUCUAUAACAGUUUUGAAUUGAUUUUGAGCGGUGUUUUACUAAAAAUUACAAAUUAUAUUAUCCAUGAGGACACGUCACAAAAAAUAUUUAUUUUUUGACGUUCUUGAAAGUUUUGUGGAAUGAAUUUUAUAUUUCUAGAUUCUCAGAGAGAUAACGGUUCUUUAGAUAUAUAAAUUUUCGGUCUUUUCGUGUUUUAUGUGAUUCAUUUUACCUAUUUUAGGAAAGUCCGACGGAAAACCUGAAGGUCCAGCUGGAUUGAAUAUGUAAGUCCACUUUGUCUUCUUUAAUCUCUUUUUAGACCCGGAAACAAUUGGCAGAAGAUUGCGGUCUCAGUAGCUGUCAUAUUCUUGCUCCAAAUUAUAACCGAAUACGCGUCUUAUAAGGAGGUCUCGUGGAAGGAGUUCUUCUCCGAUUUCCUUGAAGCCGGAAAAGUCGAAAGACUCGAAGUGGUGAACAAGGCAUGGGUCCGAAUUGUUAGCAAUCAAAGCUCCGCUACUCCAUACACCUACUACUUCAACAUUGGAUCGGUGGACAGUUUUGAGAGAUCAUUGGCGGCUGCUCAACAUCAUCUGCAAAUUGAGCCGGACAAACAAAUUCCUGUGUUAUACAAGAAUGAGACUGAUCUGUAAGGGUUUUAAAUUUGUUUUCUUGGUUUUUAGGUGGUUUUGGAUAAGUUGGAUCAAUUUUGGGCCAAUUUUUUGGAACAUUAAGUUGUCGUUGCUGAUGUGUAAUAUAAUUUUCUGCUUCUUUUUGCGAUUUCCUUUGAAGUUGCAGCUUUAAAAAUGAGAAUUGGCGUUUUUGGACUCAAUUAGUCAAGAUAAAAAUAUUAUUUUACCAUUUAUAUUACACAUGAUCAAAUGUAAUAUGAACAUCCUCUAAUUCCCGUCUAAUCCCCCUUCUUUUAGCAAGAGAGAAAUUCCGAACAUAAUCUCGACGGCUGUUCCUCUCUUCUUUGCCUACUAUUUGUACCGCACCUUCUUCAAAUCUGGCGCUGCUGGUGGCUCCAAAGGUGGUGGUGGACCAUUUGGAGCUGGUGGAUUGUUUGGCGUUGGCCAGAGUACAGCAAGAUUGAUCAAUAAGGAAGACAUUAAAGUGACGUUCAGAGAUGUUGCUGGCUGUGAAGAGGCCAAGAUUGAAAUUAUGGAAUUCGUCAAUUUCUUGAAGAAUCCAGGGCAAUAUAAGGCGUUGGGUGCUAAAAUUCCGAAGGUAAAAGGGGUGUUGGGAUGAUUUUUUAUGGGGUGGAAGGUCGAAAAAUUGAUUUUUUAUUAGGUUUAAUGUAAAAAAAAAUAAAAAUUUUGUCAAGUGUAAUGUCCGAUAUGUUCUAUUUUUUGAUUUUAUGGCUUUAAAAACGCUGUAGUAGAUGAUUGAAUUCUAAAAUUAAAGAUUUUCCAAAAAUUUUGUCAUGGAUAAUAUAAAUUUUUUCUAGGGAGCCAUUUUAACCGGUCCUCCAGGUACUGGUAAGACCCUUCUGGCCAAAGCAACCGCCGGAGAAGCCAAUGUCCCCUUCAUCACUGUCUCCGGAUCAGAAUUCCUCGAAAUGUUUGUUGGUGUUGGCCCCGCAAGAGUCCGUGAUAUGUUUGCCAUGGCCCGAAAGAACUCCCCAUGCAUCUUGUUCAUCGACGAAAUUGAUGCGGUCGGAAGAAAAAGAGGUGGUCGGGGAGGAAUGGGAGGCCACUCUGAACAGGAGAAUACGCUGAAUCAACUUUUGGUCGAAAUGGACGGUGAGAUUUUUAAUUUUUGUUUUUUUUUUUGGUUUUUAGGUGGAUUGAAGAGGAGCAAGAGGAGCUCACGGAAGUUUGGAGGACUUUGGAGACUUUCUGACACUUUUUUGUUCAAGUUUUUUCUACCAAAAAUUCCAAUUUCAAGUUAAAUUUCGACGAUUUUUAGGAUUCUCUACCGAUGAUUCGUCCGUGGUCGUAAUGGCCGCCACAAAUCGAGCCGACAUCCUCGACAAGGCCCUCAUGCGUCCAGGCCGCUUCGAUCGCCAGAUCUACGUCCCAGUUCCCGACAUCAAAGGCCGCGCCUCCAUCUUCCGUGUCCAUUUGGGCCCACUGAAGACGUCACUCGACAAAACGGAACUCUCCAGAAAAUUGUCCGCCCACACCCCCGGAUUCUCCGGAGCCGACAUUGCGAACGUGUGCAACGAGGCGGCUCUGAUUGCGGCCCGAGACGCCAACGACGAGAUCACGAUGAAGAACUUUGAAGCCGCCAUCGAACGAGUUGUGGCAGGCAUGGAGAAGAAGAGCCAGGUCCUCCAACCCGAGGAAAAGAAGACCGUCGCCUAUCACGAAGCGGGCCAUGCGGUGGCAGGAUGGUUCCUACAGUACGCAGACCCUCUGCUCAAAGUCUCCAUCAUCCCCAGAGGAAAGGGACUGGGAUAUGCGCAGUAUUUGCCCAAGGAACAGUACCUCUACUCCAAGGAGCAAUUAUUCGACCGAAUGUGUAUGACCCUGGGCGGCAGAGUCAGCGAAGAGAUCUUCUUUGGACGCAUCACCACCGGAGCCCAAGAUGACCUGCAAAAAGUUACUCAAAUGGCGUAUUCUCAGGUGAGAAAUUUGGGAUUAUACAGGGUGACCCAAAAUAACGGAGACAAUUUUUGAAGGGUCCCACCGCGAAAACCGGGCGUUAGAGAAACAUAAGCAACAGCGGGUAAUAUUCUAUAACACCUUCUCUAUAAUCCACGAGAAUUUGGUGGAAUCAUCAUGUCGCAGUAAAAAGUUACAGCUUAAGAAAGAUGCUUUGCGCCGUUUUUUGGGCCUUCAAUUUUGGUUCCCUUGUGUUGUGUAAAGCCUGGCUGUACUACAGCCGCAGAAAUGGCAAGUUCAUUUGUUUUGUUAGAAUACUAUGUCUGUAAGAAAGCAGUUGCGUAGGUUUUUGGGCUACGGUUUUUAUUUCUGCGGCGGUACCGAUCUCAACAUUGAAGAUCGCCAUUUUUUCCAAAUUUUUUCCAUAAAAAUUUCAGUUUUUCUCGAAUAAAGCUAAAACCGCUAGUACGUGUUCUAUUCAUAAAUACAAUGAUUCUGAAAAAAUCUGUGAUUGCUUGCUGGUUGCAACAGCUUUUCCUUAACAAGUUUCUCGCCCAGAACCACCCCAUGGCACGCGGCUUUGAGAAAGAUGGGUUAUCGAUAAAAAAAUGACAAGAUAGAUAAAAACGGCGCAUUCUGCUCUUGUACACUUAUAAAUACGACUCUUGAGAAUCGGCCUAGGGCACUUUCGGUCUUUUUGUGUCACCGGCUCGACUGGUAUUCCGCCUAAGGCAAAAUAAGGCACAAUUCUAGUGAUUACCAAAUAGCAUUCCGUAGUAGUUAAAAAAUGUUUCUCUUUUGGUUCUAUGGUGUUCCUUUAAUCAUGUUCUAGUAACUCAUAUUACAUUUUGCCUUAUCUAACAUUUAAACUCCAUCUUACGCUUACAUUUUCAAAAAAGGCCGAUUUUUGCACUUCAACUGUCUGAAAAUACUCGGCUGUAACUUUUGAACCAUCGACAGUUAAGCUUAGUAUGAUAGCUCGUUUUAAAGGUCUUAUUACGAUAAUUAAUCACUGCAAAUCUCAAGCUAUUCCGAGUUUUCUUUUUUGAGUAAGGCAGCUUUCUUGUAAAAAGACCCCACGGGCGGAAGGGUCCGAGUCAACCGGAUAUAUUCAUGUCGUUCAAGACAGAAGAGCGUCGUACAACAAAACUACCGGUAAAUAAAACUACCCUAACGUGGUACUGUAAUAUAAGUAAGUAGUCACUCAUGAAUCUUAAUAAGUCGCAGAAAAAACGGAAAAUCUUUUGUCUCCGUUAUUUUGGGUCACCCUGUAUUGUACAUGAGGGACUUGAAUCUUUUUUUUGAAAUUUAUGGCAAAAAUUUCGGGAAGUUUUGAGAAAAAAGGAGUGGAAAUGAAGGAGUGAUAUUUUUAGAAUGGGAAAGAACUGGGUUUAGAAAUUUAAAGUGUCAUCAUGACGGAUUUUUUUGACAUUUUUUUGAGAAGCAUUGGUUUUUAAAAUUUUUGUGAAGAAGAGAUUGAAAUAUAAAUAUUUAGGUUAAAAAUGAAGAAUCAAGAAUUUAGAGUAGGUUUUAACGUAUUCUGAAAUUUGAAUGAGUCAUCAUGACGGAUUUUUUUUCAAAUUUUUUUUGUUUUUUUUCGAAAGUUAUUUUUUGCUGUUUUCAGAUUGUAAAAUUCGGUAUGAGCGAGAAAGUAGGUCCCCUCUCCUUCGACACAGCCCAGCCCGGCGACAUGGCCUUCGAUAAGCCGUAUUCCGAGGCCACCGCUCAACUGAUCGACCAAGAAGUCCGAGAUUUGGUCGGAACUGCCCUCAAAUGGACCCGAGAGUUGCUGGUAUCCAAACGUGAGGAGAUUGAGAAAGUUGCGGCCAGAUUGCUGGAGAAGGAGAUCUUGGCCAGAGAGGAUAUGAUCGAACUUUUGGGAAAGCGGCCGUUCGCCGAGAAACACACUUAUGAAGAAUUUGUGGCCGGCACUGGUGGCCUAGACGAAGAUACCAGCCUUCCGAAGGGCCUCGGAUCCUGGAAUGAGAGCAAAGAAGACAAGGAGAAGAAGGAAGCGGAGAAAGGAAAGUAA